UUCUGGAAUUUGACACUUCACUUCUGUGGGCUUAAUUCUAAAACCUUAAAACCCCUCAAUAAACCUUGUUCUUUUCAUCUUUUCUUUAGAAAGGGUUUCAGUUUUGGGAAAUUGGGGCUGAGCUGUAGUUUGUGUGAAGUGAAAAAUGGGGAGACUAUUUUUGGUGGAUCUUGAAGGCAAAACUUACAAUUGCAAAUUCUGCAAAACCCAACUUGGUCAGGCUGAUGAUCUUGUUUCAAAGGCUUUUCAUUGCCGCAGUGGAAAAGCAUACCUGUUCAAUAAUGUGGUAAAUAUAACUUUUGGACAGAGCGAGGAGAGGACGAUGCUCUCUGGAAAGCACACUGUGAUAGAUAUAUUUUGUUGUUGCUGUGGGCAGAUUCUUGGCUGGAAAUAUGAGAAAGCCCAUGAGAAAAGCCAGAAGUACAAAGAAGGGAAAUUUGUCCUUGAAAGAGGCAUGAUCAUUGAUGGUGAAGUUGAUUCUGAAUUCUACAUUGAUACUCGUGCAAGCACAAGUGAUGGUGAAGAUACAAUGUAACUUGUGGGAGCUUAGUGCACCGAUUUGCAGAUAUUUGUAUCUUGUAGACUUAGCAAAAGAACAGUUGUAUCUUAUCUGGAGAUCUCCUCAAGUUUGUGGAUAUAGAAACUAAGUUGCUGCAGAAGUGUUUUUUAUUUAAUAUGGUUGACUAAAGUAAAUGUUUUAUUGGUCUUA